CUAAAACUGACAUCACCGUGACAAAGUAUAGCCGGUCAUCCCCUUCCACGCUUAACUUCCACCUCCGCCACAUCUGAUCCUAUCCUCCCUCCUUGUGCGUUGUGCCACCGUUUACUGCUAUCAAGCUGUAUUUAAAGUCGAUCUCUUGAAGGUGCAUGAAGUGAUUUGAAAAUGCAAGCAGCAACUGAUCACCCAGUAGAAAUAAAGCCCAAGUCCUGGACGAUGUCGACGCCAUCGUUGCUACUGCCACCAGUGCUGCUGCUUGCAGCGACAGUAGCCAUGGCGGAGAGCGUCAUCAACGUGAAGCCGGGGUGCCAGGAGAGCUGUGGAGGCGUGGCCAUACCGUACCCAUUCGGCAUCGGCCCCGGCUGCUUCCGGCCGGGCUUCGAGAUCAACUGCGUCAGCACGGGCAUCGCCAGCAUGCCGGUGCUGGCUGGGGCGACCAGCAGCGGCCAGGACGACGCAGUCGAGGUGCUGGAACUGUUCGUGGCGCCGCGGCCGGAGGCCCGGGUGCGGUUGCCGGUGGCGUGGCAGUGCUUCGACGCCAACGGAACCCUCACCGGCGACUCUUCCGGCGACUUCAACUUCAACCGGGAGGGCGUGUACCGCAUCUCCAACACCAGCAACGAGCUCUACGUCCUGGGCUGCAACUCCUUGAUCUACACCAGAGGCGGGGAAGGCGGCCGCUUCCCGUACGCCUACUACGCCGGGUGCACCACCUACGCCAAUUCCUCGACAGACCCACAGGACGGUGUUUGUGCCGGCAUCGGCUGCUGCCACGUCGACAUCCCGCCUGGCCUCACCGACAACCUCAUGCACAUGUUCUCCGAUAGAGGGACCUGGUCGCACGCCAACCAGAGCUUCUGCCCCUGCGACUACGCCUUCAUCGUGGAGAAGGGCCUGUACACCUUCCGGGCGUCCCACCUUAGGAGCAUGCCGCGGAUCACCCAGACCAUGCCGCUGGUGCUGGACUGGGCCAUCCGCGACAACGGCUCGGCAUCCAUGUCCUGCGCCGCCGAGGCGAAGAAGACGACCAGCUAUGCCUGCGUCAGCAACCACAGCAAGUGCGUCGACUCGACCAAUGGCCCGGGGUACAUCUGCAACUGCACACAAGGCUACGGGGGUAACCCCUACGUCAUCGGUGGAUGCACCAAUAUAGAUGAAUGUGCAUUUCCAGAAAAGUUUCCCUGUCAUGGCGUUUGCAAGGACACCGUGGGAUUUUAUGAGUGCCGGUGCCCUUGGGGUUACGAGAGUACUGGCGAUCCAAAGGAAAAUCAAUGCAACCCAAAACUUUCACGAUCGGCUAAGAUUGCCAUAGGUGUCAUCGUGGGUACAUUCGGCUUAAUUGUUGUUCUACUUUUAACAUGGUUGAUGUUCAAGCAUAUAGAGCUGAAAGCAAAAAAUAGAGAGUUGGAAGAAAUUGAGAGAAAGAAUGGAGGUGAAAGACUUCGGAACAUGAAAAGUCUAAAGAUUUUCACAGAGCAGGAAAUACAAAAAAUAACUGACAACAAUUCAAAGUAUCUCGGAAAAGGAAGCUUUGGCAAAGUCUACAAAGGGACCCUUCCAGACACAACCAAGGUAGCAGUUAAAGCCUCCAUUGAGGUAACUGAACAUACACUAGAUAAUUUUGUCAAGGAAGUGGAAAUCCAAUCAAACAUGAUUCACAUGAACAUUCUCAAGCUCCUGGGUUGCUGCUUGGAGGUAAAUGUUCCAUUGCUGGUUUAUGAGUAUGCUGCCAAUGGGAGCCUUGAAGAUAUUCUCUAUGGUAAACAUGGCCAACCACUCCAGCCUCUAAAACUAAAUUCACGUUUGGACAUUGCAAUUAGGUCUGCCGAAGGUCUAGCAUAUAUGCAUUCAUACAUACAGCCGACCAUACAGCAUGGUGAUGUCAAACCAGGCAACAUACUCCUAGAUAGCAAGCUCGUGCCAAAAAUCUCGGACUUUGGGUUAUCCAAGUUUCUUACAACGGGCAAACAAUAUGCCACAGUUGUGGUAGGGUGCUUGGGCUACAUGGAUCCAGUGUUCAAGCAUACAGGGCGUCUAACUGAAAAGAGCGAUGUGUACAGCUUUGGUGUUGUUCUCUUGGAAUUAAUUUGCAGAAAGCGCAUCACAUAUGGUGAAAACGGUCUCAUCAUGGAGUUUAAAAGAGCUUUUGAUGAAGAAAAGAGUGGAAGGGCGAUGUUUGACAAUGAGAUCGCGAAAGAAGAAGAUAUUCCCGUCCUCGAUGAAAUUGGCACACUAGCAAUUAAGUGCUUAAAAGAAAGAUGUGAAGAGAGACCACAUAUGGCUAGCGUAGCAAGACAACUAGCGACGUUGAAAGAAACUUGGGAACAAAGGUUCUUGUCGAUGUGAAGCCAUUCAAUCCUAGUUAAAUAUCCCCAUCAAUCAUUUGUCUUGCCUAUUGCAUAAUCUGUGUUAUGUAUAUUUGGAGUGAAGAUAUAUCUAUAACGUUAUUGCCGCUUAAGCUAGGGCAUGUGUAAGAUUGUUGCUGUGUUCUAAAUAAAUAAUAUUUGAUUCACAAUUCCUUACCGUGUCCAUUCCCACAAUACAGUGCUGAAACACCACCUAUUUUGUGUAUUGUAAUUUGUAAAUACCAGGUGUCGGUGUUAAAGAAAAGUCAGGUGUUGCUG